GUCAUGUGAAACCGCGUCGAGCAUAAUUUUCAAUUUGCAUUUUUCAAUUGGGGUGCAGGGAUUCGCUGUGAACAGUGAAGGUUCCUCGAUCUUUACUUUGCCAGGUCGUACGGCGGGAGGGACGCAUGGCGGACCCAAUUGGCACGGCGAAACAGAUUGUGAAGAUGGCUCUAGCGAUCAGGAGGGCGGUGCAAACGGUUCGCCGGAACGAGGAGGAGUGCCGUGACAUCGAACAGCUCGCAACCAGGGUGAGUUCCAUCCUGUCGCAACUCCUGGAGACGGCGGCGGCGGCGGCGACGAGCGACCCGGCGAUGGACGGCGCCAUGGCGGCGCUCGAGAGGAGCCUGGACCGCGCCCUCAAGCUCGUCACCAGCUGCCAAAAGAGGAGCACGAUGCACCGUGUCUGCGCGGCUGGGGCCAUGGCCAGGCAGCUGCGCCGGGUGCAGGACGACAUCCUGCGGCAAAUGGUGCUGGGUGUCUUCGCCACCACUACCCAGCUCACCCUGAGCUUGAACAUGCUAGUGCAGCCGGGUGCUGGUGCUCCUCCGCCUGCACACCCACCGAGGUCAGGGUCCCGAUGGCCAUCCUCCCUAGGAAUUGAAGCAAGGAUACGACAUUUGAGAUUCUCUGGGUUAGAAGCCACAGCAGGCUUGAAAAAGUUUAGUUUGUCUGAAUUAGAGACUGCUACCGAUCACUUUUCAGAGGAAAACAUCAUUGGACGAGGUGGACAUUCGAUUGUCUACAAGGGUGUAUUAGAUGACGGGUUGAUGGUUGCUAUCAAGCUAUAUAAUCCUUCCUCUCGCAUUCCGGCAGACCGUCUGCAUGAGCGCGUCCAUGAUGAACUUAGGCUUGUUUCAAAACUUCGUCACAAAAAUUUUGUCAACUUUUUGGGAUAUUGCCUUGCCGUCGAGGAAGUAAAUGAAGAUGAAGGAAGUGAAGAUGAAAGCUUUAGAAUAACCCAAGUAUCAAGUUCUUUCAUGGUUGGAGAAUAUAUGCCGAAUGCGAGCCUGGACAGAAUUAUCAAUGGUAUAGGGUCAAGACUUCAUUGGUCCUCUGUAUUUCACAUAAUUCAGGGGAUAGCCCAAGGCGUUAAAAUCCUUCAUGAUCGGAACAUUGUGCAUUUGGAUUUAAAACCAAGCAACAUCCUCUUGGAUUCUGAUUUCAAUCCCAAGAUAGGUGAUUUUGGAGUAGCUAGAGAGUUGGAUCUCGGAGAGAAUGACUUAUCUGACAACCACUUUGUGGGCUCAAUGCGGUAUACGGCUCCUGAAUAUUAUGGCAACCGUCGGCUUAAGUCUUCGACGAAAGGAGAGUCCUUGAUGAAGAAAGACGUGUAUGGUUUUGGCGUCACCCUCCUUGAUAUCCUUAGCAGUAUGUGCAUAUCUGAAGCUGCUCGUUGCCAACCUUCACUUGAAUGGGCUUGGAACCUGCAGCAAGCUUCACGAAUGAACUUUCUUAUGAACAAAACUCGACAAAUGGAGAAGUUGUUUGAUCCGUCAUUGUGUGAAAACACUCAGCUAAAGAUGAUACGAAGAUGCAUUGAGAUAGGACUUUUGUGCACACAAGAGAAUCCCAUGGACCGGCCCACCAUGCGAGAGAUUCUUGAUAUGCUAGAUGGCAAGAACAAGUUACCAACUCCAAGGAAACCAAGAUACAUCAAAUGAAAAGACAGCCUCAUCCGAUGGGUUGUACUAUAUAUAUGUAGCACCACCAAUAUGGAUAGAUAUGGUAAUCUAUUGAGAGGACCGCGAGCAACUUGAGUCAUGAACCUAAUCAAUUUCAGAA